UACAAAUCAGGGAAACCACAUUCAUCAAAUCCAUCAAAAUGGAUGGAUUGAAAAUUGAGCCCUUACAAUCCCUUCAGUCCAAAGACCAAGCUGCCCUCCUCGACACAGUCGAUGAACUUCGUAGCCAUGGCGUGAAUCGUUACGUGUCGCUGCCUCAGCUCAUCGUCUGUGGAGACCAGAGCUCUGGCAAAAGUUCUGUCCUGGAAGCAAUCUCUGGUGUUCAUUUUCCUGUCAAUGAUGGCUUAUGUACUCGAUUCACUACAGAGGUCAUUUUGCGUCGUGCAACCAACAAUCUGGCUACAGUAAAGCUCAUCGCUCCCCAAGAUGCGUCCCGUUCACACAAAGAAAAACUAUUUCAGUUUCAAAAGAGUUCCAUCAACCAUGCAGAGAUUCCUAAUCUCAUCUCAGAAGCCAAGUCAUUUAUGGGUUUGACUGGAGGUAGUAGCUUUUCACGAGAUGUCUUGCAGCUGGAAGUAUCUGGUCCCAAGUUGCCUCAUUUGACUUUGGUCGAUCUCCCAGGUCUCAUACAUCAUCCCAACAAGGAGCAGACUGAAGAUGAUGUUCGAAUCCCUAGAGAACUGGUGAAGAAAUACAUGUCUCAAGAACGAAGUAUUGUGCUUGCUAUCGUCACAGCAAAAAAUGAUACUUCAAAUCAAGUUGUGCUGGAAAUGGCCAAAGCAGCUGAUCCUCAGGGCAACAGGACAAUUGGAAUCAUCACCAAGCCAGACUCGCUGAUCAGAGACAGUCCAAACGAGUCAAAUUUCUUCGCCCUAGCCAGCAACAAAGAGACUUAUUUCAAGCUUGAUUGGCACGUUCUACGCAAUGGUGACUUCAACGAACGCAAAGACUCUACUUUUGACAGAGACGCCGUGGAGAAAGAGUUCUUUUUGUCGACGAUCUGGAAAAACUUACCAAGCCACAAACGCGGCGUGGAAGCAUUGCGCACCAGACUCAGCCAUGUCUUGUACCAACAGAUCCAGAAAGAACUUCCUAGUCUUCUCAAAGAAAUCGAACUCGAACUAACAGCUUGCAAAACGACAAUGGAUCGACUCGGUUCUCCUCGCGAUACUCCUAAUAGCCGACGGAAUUACCUAUCAGAUAUGGCUAACCGAUUCAACGAUAUGGUCCGAGCGGGUGUCAACGGAUUCUAUCAAGAUCCUUUCUUUCGAUCUGGAAACACAGGAAUUCUGGGAGGUCCUGAGACACAGAAAACACGUUUGCGCGCGAACGUGAGAAAGGCGGAACAGGGCUUUCUUGACAAAAUGUAUCAAUACGGCCACUCCUAUGUUAUUGUUCCUCAAGGUUCGAACCCAGUGAUACAUCCAGAGUACAAGGCUUACCAGGUGGUCGUGAAUGAACAAAGCUUCCUCCGAGAGAUUCGAGAUCAUCUCAAUGACUCCAAAGGUAGGGAACUUCCAGGCACUUUCUCACCCUUGCUGGUUGGUGAACUAUUCAUUCGCCAAUCGACAAAUUGGAAGCCGUUUGCCAUUGAAUUUGUUGAAAGUGUUUGGGAUAUCGUGAAGCAGUUCCUGGACGAUGUCCUGGCUUAUGUGGCUGAUGAAAGCGUGAGGGAAGCGCUGCUGGAUGAAGUCAUUGAUCCAGCCAUGGACGCCAUUCUGGAAAAUCUCAAAGAAAAGGUCACCGAGUUACACUCCCCUUAUGCUCGCGGAUACCCGGCAACUCUCAACCCUCGAUUUGUGAAGGAGCUCCAGAAUCGACGAUCUCAACAAGCCGAAAAUCCUCCUGCUGUGACAGAAUCUUUUUCUCCAAAACCUGAUGCUGAUGAUGCUGAUACACACGCGUGUCGAGAGCUGCUGCACCUAAUGCAGGCCUACUAUACUGUCGCUCUCGACGUCUUCGUGGAUAAUGUCUCAAGUCUUGCUGUUGAGAAUUGUCUGAUGUCCGCUCUUGAAGGUCUGCUAUGUGUUUCUCAAAUGGAGGACGAGGUGAUUGAAAAUAUCGUGUUUGAAUCACAAGAAGUUCGUGAAUUGCGCAGUCAGACUCUGGAGAAGCAAUCAUCCCUUGAGAAGAGUUUCGCGAUCUGUCGUCGGCAAGCGAGGAAGUUGGCAUCGAACCGACUCAAUGACGAUGCACGAAAUGAAGCACAAAAGACUGAGUCUGUGCUAGCUUCGAUCACGAAUGGGGUUGCGGGUGUGAAGGUUUCAGAACCUACUGCUACGACCCCUAUGAAGUCGGAAGUAAUUAAUCCCGCAAAAUCUCAGCAACCGCGCCAGACUCCUUGGGGUCAGUCGGGUGUCUUUGGAACUGGGGGCCAAGCUGCGGCGAAUACAUUGGGUUCCUCUCUUUUCUCUACACCAACUCCGACUACACCUCAAACUACGCCUGCACCCUCUCUGUUUCCCACGAAGACGUCGAGCUCGUCUUUCUUUGCGACACCAAUCUCAGGUCCAUUCAGUUCAUCCCAAGGCUUUGGAAGUCCUGAGGGAAGGGCAAACCAGAGUUCUAAUGGCAGUCCAGCGUUUGGAAAGAACCCAACCCCGUUUAGUGAUUCUUCGGGGUCUCAACUAGGGCCAAAACCAGUGGGCUCAACUCCUCCUCCUCAGCCAUCGACUCUAUUUCAAGCUGCGCCUGCACAGCCAAAUGCUCCCAAGAAAGUUGAUUUCUCCUAUUUCAAGGAUAUUCCCACCAGUCUCCGAGUCUUUUCUAAACUACCUAAAGGCAGCGAUGGCUAUGCCGGAUGGACAGAUAGCGCUGCACAUGAUGUUUUCAAGCACAUAUCUUGCGGAUUUCAAUAUAUUGGUAUGUUCAAGAUCGAUUGCAACUACUCUGCCGAGGAGUUGAGGCUCAAGGAUUACUACACCCUUCCACUCACUGAAGAUAAUUCAUGCUAAGUAAAAGGAGAAGGUACCAGAACCCGUGUACAAAUGUAAUUUCAGAGUGUGUACCCUAGAUACCUGUCUCUUCCUUAAAAGUCUUCAAUAAUGCAGCUGAGUAGUUGUCUCC